AUGUCCUCGGAACGCAAGCUUCAGUUACCAAAAAUAUCAAAAAUAUUCAAAAAGAAAACCAAAAGUGUUAAAAUGUCGACUAACCCAUCUGAAAUAAACAAUAAUGUUUCUGGUUCUGGUCUCGAAAAAAAUAUUGAAAACCUGAGUUUGAAGGACUCAUCUGACUUUAAGAGCGAGAAACAAAAGAACAUAGCUUCUAAAUCCGAAACGGUUGUUGAUAUGGAAUUUACUUCAAACCCGGUAACAAAUAAUGAACUUGUCGAAGGCGUCGAAAAGUAUGCAGAACGACUAGGAAUCAAAGAAUAUACAGAAAAUAAAGACUUGUGGAAGAAAUUUUACGACGUCUUUGGCCCAGAUUUCGUUUGGCCUUCCACAAUGAAAGUUGGUGAGCGUUGUGAAGUCCUUGACUAUAUUAUUUAUCCCGAAUGGGAACCAACCGGGGAGGAACUUGCAAGAAAUACAGUUGAAUAUCGUCGCCUACUUGAGUCCGGAACUCUUGAUGCAUCGCAAGGAUCGCACAUUUUAAUCAUAAAUGGGAAAUUAGAUAGUUAUGGAAAUAAGAUAUCUCCGGAAGACGACGAAAAACUGGAAAAAAAAUAUCCAGGGUGUUUAUAUGCACCUGUUGUUGAACGUACUGCUUUAAUACGCAAAUUCUUAGCUAUGGAUGAUCAAACAAGAAAAGAGUGGCAGUCCCAUAUUUGCAUUCGAAAUGUAUUAAAUCCCAGAGAUGAGGUGAAAAUGGCAAGUACUGAACAAAAUUACCGAAUGAUAAUUGAUACCGGCUCCACGAUGACGAUAAUUCCUUACUUUGUAAGACAACAAUUGUAUAAUCCCAAAGAUGGUUGGCAGAAACUUUCUUUUUACCCUGACGGAUAUGGCGAUACAGCGAAAAUUACUCAAGCUUCAAGGGAGUGGCUUGUGUGUUUGGGUGAUGGGACCAAUUGGUCCAACUGGGUUAGAACAAGAGAAUUGUAUUCAUGGCAAAGAACGUCCCCUAAUGUCGAUUGUGGUCUAAUUGGCUACGACGUUCUACAAUAUCUCGCAUUACAAAUCCUGUAG